UCUGCUAUGCCAGGCUGUCCUGCAUUUCUGUUCUUCCCGCGUUUCAAGUCGUAUACCCAAGUCAACACAAUGAUGUGGGAUCUGCGCGGCAACGACGCCGCCCAAGAUUAUCAGCGACGUUCUCCGAACCCUAGAUUUCCAAUGCCAUCCCCUGGAAUUCCGCCAGUGAGAGAGCUGCGUCGAUCUCAUGACCCGUUCCCCAAGCCAUUUGAACCGCUCGGUCUGCCCAACGUUCCGCGAUCAGCCAUGUAUUCACAUGAGAAUCUCCCUUCGCUUAUUCACGAGGGCUUUCCUUCUCGCGCGCGCGCACCUCCCCCACCAAUCCCCCAUGCAACGCGACCACCCCUGUCUCCCUAUAUGCCUCUACCACCACCACCUCACCCUUUGAUGUCUCGUCCUCCUCUACCCAUGCCUAUUCCGCAAUCUGUUUCAAAGUCAUCCCAUAUCCAACCGUCAUCCAGAAAUUAUCACACCGAUGCUCGCACUCACACCCACACUCGUACCGAAGAUCACAGACACAAACAUCACCAACACUCUCAUUCGACUUCUGCCACACCUCAGAAGACUAUUCGUCAUGUUCAUUUCCAAUAUUCAAAAUGCACAGGGCGGAAGAAAGCGCUUUGUAUCGGAAUUAACUACAAAGGGCAACGACGCGAGCUUAAGGGCUGUGUCAACGAUGCGCACGACGUGAAGCGGUUUUUAACAUCCAAUUGGGGCUACAAAAAUGGCGAUAUUGUAAUGUUGGUCGAUGACACAGAUAAUCCGAGGCAAAUGCCAACAAGGCGAAACAUUCUGGAUGCGAUGCGUUGGCUUGUGAACGACGCCCAUCCUCAUGAUGCGCUGUUUUUCCACUACUCGGGUCACGGGGGACAGGUUCCAGAUAAGGAUGGUGAUGAAGUUGAUGGACUCGAUGAAGUCAUAUACCCUGUCGACUACAAGAAGGCUGGAAUGAUUGUUGAUGACGAAAUGCACAGAAUUAUGGUUAAAUCGUUGCCAAUGGGCUGUCGUUUGACUGCUAUCUUUGACUCUUGUCACUCAGGAACGGCACUAGAUUUGCCAUUCGUUUAUCAUUCGAAUGGGCGCCUCAAGGAAAGCCCAGUUACUCCUCAGGCUCAAGCGGAGAAGGCCACAGGUGCCGACGUGAUAUCAUUCGCUGGCUGUCGCGAUAAUCAAACCAGUGCUGAUACAACGCAGAGUGGCAUGGCUGUUGGGGCUAUGAGCUACGCUUUUGUUGCAUCCCUAACAAGGAAGCCAGUGCAAAGUUACCAGGAACUUCUCAAGUCUGUUAGGGACAUUUUGAGGCAGCAUUAUCGGCAGAAACCGCAACUGUCGAGCUCGCAUCCAAUUGUAAGCGCUUGUAGUUUAUAG